AUGCCAGCGCCUCAUAUCACCGGUCGAACGAGACCCACCAAUGUCAAGAAGCGGCAGAACACACUGAAACGAAAACGCGACGAUGUCGACGUCGAAAAGCUCGAAGCGGCAGUGCAAGAACUCGACCUAAAGACGAAAUAUACAUCUUUUACAGAUCUGCCCCUUUCUGAACCUACGAAGGCUGGUCUAAAGUCGUCACACUUCAGUACUCUGACCGACAUCCAAGCGAAGGCGAUUCCUCUUGCGCUCAAGGGCAAUGAUAUCCUCGGCGCAGCGAAGACUGGAAGUGGAAAGACGUUGGCUUUCUUGAUCCCGGUACUGGAGAACCUCUACCGUGCGCAAUGUAUCGGUGGAGAUGCCGGGCUGGGCGCGAUGGUCAUUACGCCUACGCGCGAGCUGGCUAUACAGAUCUUUGAGGUGCUGAGGAAAGUGGGUGGGAAGGGACACCUUUUUGCUGCAGGACUGGUGAUUGGAGGCAAGAGCUUGAGGGAGGAACAAGAUGCGUUGGCGAGAAUGAACAUCGUGGUAUGCACACCUGGACGUAUACUACAGCAUCUGUCGCAGACCGCUGCAUUCAACGUGGAUAACCUGAGGAUGCUGGUUCUGGACGAGGCCGAUCGCAUUCUGGACAUGGGCUUCCAGCGGGACGUUGACGCGAUCGUUGAGUACCUGCCAAAGGAAAGACAGACGAUGCUGUUCAGUGCAACACAGACGAAGCGAGUGUCGGACUUGGCCAGAUUGUCACUCAACGAUCCGGAAUAUGUCUCUGUGCACGAGGCGUCGCAAACGGCCACUCCAAAGACCCUGCAGCAGAACUAUGUCUUGACGCCGCUCUCCGAGAAGCUGGACACUCUGUGGUCAUUCUUACAGUCUGCGAAGAAGUCAAAGAUGAUUGUGUUCUUGUCAUCUGCGAAGCAAGUUCGAUUCGUGUACGAAUCGUUUAGGCAUAUGCAGCCCGGUAUACCUCUGCUACAUCUACACGGGAGACAAAAGGAGACAACAAGACAAGAGACUACUCAGAGAUUCGCGAGUGCCAAGCACAGCUGUUUGUUCGCAACCGAUGUCGUAGCACGCGGUGUUGAUUUCCCUGCUGUAGACUGGGUUGUGCAGGUGGACUGUCCUGAGGAUGCCGACACCUACAUCCACCGAGUAGGUCGAACUGCGCGAUAUGAGAAGGAAGGCCGAGCAAUACUGUUCGUGGACCCAAGUGAAGAGGAAGGGAUGCUUAGCAGACUUGAGCAGAAGAAAGUACCCAUUGAGCGCAUCAACGUCCGAGCGAAGAAGCAGCAAAGCAUCAAAAGCCAGCUUCAAAACAUGUGUUUCCAGGAUCCGAAGUUGAAGUACCUUGGGCAGAAAGCGUUCGUCAGCUACGUGCGUAGUCUGCAUAUCCAGAAAGAUAAGGAGAUCUUCAAGCUGGAGAAGUACAAUCUGGAGGACUUUGCAGCAAGUCUUGGUCUGCCAGGUGCGCCGCGCAUCAAGUUCCUGAAGGCGGAUCAGGAAGAGGUCAAGCGGAGGAAGAAUGCCUCAAGACAAGCGGCUAUCUCAGCAUCAGAAGACGAGGGUGAAGACGACGAAGAAGGUGACAAGGCAAAGAACAAGAAGAACGGCGUGCGCACGAAAUACGAUCGCAUGUUCGAACGACAGAACCAAGAUAUUCUAGCAGAUCAUUAUGCCAAGCUGGUCAAGGAUGAUGAUCGCGACAACGUUGACCCCAAUAGACUGGAUGGUGAACAAGAAGGCGACGAUGAUCUUUUCGACGUGAAGCGUCGUAUACCAGUCGAGGAAGACGAGGCGAAUACCGAGAGCGUCGCUGACAUGAACGCGAAGGCGCCAGGCGUGCGAGCAGUUGAGGUCCCUGGUGCCAAGGUUCCGAUUGUAUUGGACUCCAAGCGAAGAGAGAAACUCCUCAAGUCUAAGAAGAAACUACUCAACUUCAAGGACAAGGGUCACAAGAUUGUGUACGACGACGAUGGCAAUGCGCACGAGGUCUAUGAGCUCGAGGACGAGGACGAUUUCCGUGCUCGCGGCGAAGCCGAGCAGCAACGACAGAAGUUCUUGGAGGAAGAAGCAGAACGUGUCAAAGUCGCAGAUCUCGAAGAUAAGGCACUUGCCAAGGAGAAGAGGAGGGCUAAGAAAGACAAGACUAGAGAGCGUGAACGAGCUGAGUAUGAGAGUGAAAGGGAGGGAGCUGAACUUGAAGACGGUGAAGAUGCUAUGGCCAAUUUCAUCGCUGAUGCUCAAGGUCUCAGUGACAGUGACGCUGGACGAAGCGAAGAGAGUGAAGUUGAGGAGUCACCGAAGAAGAAACAGAAGAAGUGGUUCCAGGAAGAAGGGAAGCGGAAGGAUCUUGGUGCUCCUGAGCGCGAGAUCAAGACGCUGGAUGAUCUGGAAGCUGAAGCUGCGAGACUUCUGGGCUGA